AAUCGACCAAAAUCAGGUACUUUAGCUUGUUACAAAACAUCGAUUUUUACCUCCACAAUUGUCCGUCGCAUUCCUCCGUUUCGUGUUCAGUCCGCAUUACGAUCCGCCGUAGCAUGACGGAGGCGGAUUCCGAGGCUGCGCGGCAGCGGCGCCAGCUGGCGUACGCGCUGCAGGCGCUCAAGCUGUACAACCCGGACUUCGCUCUGACUCCUGAAGUGCUGGAGAUCAUGCGUGCCUUCUUCGCAGACUUGCGGCCAGAUGCGAAUGGGACGAUCACUCGUGGAGCCCUAGCGGACGAGAUUGCGCGUUUGGACUCGAGUGCAGACACUAUCCGCCGCCUAAGAAACGAUAUGGCAAAGAGGGAGGAGCGACUGGACUUCGCUGCUUUCUGCGAUUACGUCAUGCGCUGGAAAGCUCAGAGUCCCCAGGCUGUACAAGCCGUGUAUACUUCAUGGGCGGCUCAGAUCGCAGCCAUUGACUUUGACAUGAACGACAAUUUAUUUCUAGACCUCAAGCCAGAGGAUGAACCACCGAACGAAACGCUGACGCUCGAGAUCAUGCAGUUGCUGCGGCAAAGGCGGAAGUUGCACGAAGGUGGGGUUAAAGUCAACUAUGAGGACUAUGAGGCGUCAAUUGCCGGAUACGGACUCCAUCCGGAUGAUUCCUUCAAUGUGGACGCAAAGGAGGACAAAGUGACGAGUAUGAAGCUGAACCACGCAGAUGCAGCUGACGAGGCUGAGAAGAAAGGGUCCAUUAUGACAAUUUCCAAGUCGUUUAUUGCUGGGGGGAUGGCAGGUAUCGUCGCCAAGUCGGUGUUGGCUCCACUGGAUCGAGUGAAAAUUCUAUUCCAGGUGAACCAUCAGGAGAAAUUCAAUUUUCGCAAUGCCGCCAGGAUGGCCAGGAAUAUCUACGUGCAGGACGGAUUUCACGCGCUGUUUCGAGGGAAUAUGCUCAAUAUUCUGAGGGUUAUUCCCUAUGCGGGACUGCAGCAUUCAGGUUUCGACUUUUUCCGGAAUAAAUUCCACGCAUACAAUUAUAGGAAAGCAGAGAGAGAGGGAAGUGACGAGAUGCCCAAGCUUAGUAAUUUGCAGUUGGUCACAGCCGGAUCGCUGGCUGGAGGACUGUCGUUAGUGGUGGCGUAUCCGCUGGAUAUCGUACGGGCGAGAUAUAUGGUACAGAUGGGCAAGCAGCGAUACACCAGUAUUUACGAAGCUGUGGUCACGAUGUACAAGGUGGAUGGAUUGAGGUCGUUCUCAAGAGGAAUUGUGCCGUCACUCUUAGGCACUUUACCGUACACAGGCAUUGGAUUCUCACUCAAUGAGCGUUUCAAGAUAUGGACGCUUGAGUUGCAGCGUCGGCGGCUGGAGCGAAAGUACGGCGCAGACGCGCCAGAGCUGAGUCUGAACCCGCUGACCAAGUUCGUGUGCUCGUAUUUUGCAGCGUGUAUUGCACAAACGAGUACGUGUGUCGUGCUUGAAUUGGACACCGGCAAGCAACUCAGGGUUCUUGUUGGUUUUGUUGUUAGGCACAUACCCCAUGGAUACUAUUAGAAGACGAAUCCAGACUGACGGCUACGUAUCAGGAUCCAAAGGGAAAAUUCAGUACACGGGUGUCAUUGCCACUGCACGAAUUAUUUUGGCACGAGAAGGCUGGCGGGGUCUUUUCAAGGGCGUGUCAGUAAACUGGAUGCGGAGCCCUGUAUCUACCGGCAUCAGCUUAACGGCGUACGAUAUCCUGAAGGAGGUAUUAGGCGUCGAAAAGAUAGAAUAAUAAAAGCGUGACGCAGUUGCCACUGGUAAUUGGCAGUGACCACGCAGCAUGUUCAAGAUUGGCUCUGGACUUUUAAUGGCGUCUUCAACGAGUCCGAAAUUCCUUCGUCUUCAACAGCCACCCGAACUGCUUGUGCUCGAUUGCUACCGAUGCAAUACACACAGCUCCAAGUGAACCUCAGGAUGUUGUUUGUCCACCAGUGUCAGCACGUCGCGUGUCUUCGUCACUAGCAAGAAGAAAAGCCACCGAGAGCUUGUCGACGUGUGUGGUGGUGGAGCGAGGGCAACUCAGCUCCGUCUCGGUUCGGUCACAGCUACGGCGGUCGAAGCAACUAUGGCGGUAGCAGCAACAGUUGGUUCCAGUUUGACUCGAUGCAGUUGCCGGUAGACCUCCACGAACUUGACCAAAGGAGUCGAUAUUGGCCGAUUCCAAGAUGUUCGCCACGUCUCGGUAGUUUCGAAUCACUGCAUAGAGUCCAACCACGAAGUCGAUAGUGGGGUCAUAGCGGCAGACUUUACCAUGCUCGUCAAACUGAAAUAAGACAUGCAUCGGCAGCCAUAGCGUAGGACUUUGCAGUAGUCUGUCUCGUAAACUCGUGUUGGUGAGGGUAUAAGGGAAAACCAUGGCCAAGCUCCGACAUGUCAAUCGAAUGACUAGCAGUGCGCUCACGCACCCGACUGUCACGUCAUGAUCCAAGAAGAUCACUCUGAAUUCGUUGUGCUCCAACAUGGGUGGGGCAUCGUUAAAAACAAGUGCGAAAUUCGACCACUGCUCGAGUAUACGAUCACGUCCAAUAAAGUCCCCGAACAGGACGUCGCUGCGCAUUGCUGAUUCGAGAAAUCUCCUCUGUUCGUCGUGUUCGCCUGACUCGAAUGUCUUCAUGGUUUUGUGCAUACACGAAAUACCAUCCAACGCCUUCAUUGUGCUCCGUUGAGUUGGCGUACCAAUCAAUAGGUCGUCAUAGAAUCGGGCUCUCUGGAGAUUAACUAUUUCCUGAUCCACAUCCAACCGGAGCCGCUUGACAGAAGCCUCAAGAUGAUCAACAUAUUGCCGCUUCUUCUCCAG